CAACCUUCCUCUUGUCGACAGUGAAAGUGAAAACUAACUUGUCAGGGGAUUUGCCGUGUUGUAUUUAUACUUUUCAAUUCAUUUUCAAUCAUUAGUUACGAUUCACUAAGCAGAUUGUACAGGUGGUUGGCAGAGUUGGGAUGAAUGGGAAGUGUGUGUUCUUCAUCACUGGAGCCUGUGGGAGCUAUGAAUAAUAUCUGGGAUGCUGCAGAGGGAUCGUUGGACAGCUGCUCAGAGGAAGACUAUGACUGUCCCAUAUGUCAGGAUGUCCUGAAAACCCCCAUCAGGACCAGGAACUGCAGACAUGUGUUCUGUAAAAACUGCUUCCGCCUGGCUGUGAGGGCCCAGGGGCCACACUGUCCCCUGUGCAGGGGCCCCGUAUCCGAGACUGAAAAGAGAGCAAUAGAUGUCCAGCAGCAGAUGAGGGAGAGGAAAGGACAGUGCAGGGCCUGUGGUACUACGAAGUUUCUCAGCAAGAUGAGGGUUCACUACAAAAGCUGCAGGAAGUACCUUGAGGAGUAUGGCACCCCUCUUGACGCACCACCCCCACCAGUCACACCAACGACUCAGGAAGUCAGCCGUGUAUCUGUGGAUACGAUCCACAUGACUGGGAUUCUACCAGGACAGCCCACACAAACACAGAUAUCUGAAUUGGUUAGGCCCAGAGUGUUGACGUUGGGCUUCCUGGGAGGAAGGGUGUACUCCUGCCCAUACUGCCCCCUGCAGGGGCUCACAGACAUGAGACUGGUCCAGCACUGUGUCGGCAGCCACACAGGAGAGAAUGCUCCAGCUGUGUGUCCCAUCUGUGCUGCCACUGUUUGGGGCAAUGCUAGUUACUGCAGCCGAAACCUCAUCGGUCACCUGGCUAUCAGGCAUUAUUUCAGCUAUGACACCUACAUGAAUGUAGGGGAGGACGAUUACACCCAACUCUGCCUUGCCAUUCAGCAGUCACUGCGACAAGGCACCGGCAUCACAGAGUGACAACAAGGCCCUAAGAGAGCUACACAUUAUGUUCCAACACAAUACAUACCUCUUCAACCAUUCCUUGCCACAUCAAUGAUGUCUAUGAUGUUACUUAUUGUGUGUGUAUCCUGUUUCUUUUCUCUCCUUCUCCCCUCAAAGGUGGCAAUCAUCAUCAUUCCCCAAUCAGAAGACACACCUCCUCCUGUUUCCAUUACGCAAUCACAUCCCCUUUCCCUUGGUUUAAAAACCCAUUCAGUUGUUUCCUCUGUGUCUCGCUCUCUGUGUCUCGCUCUCUGUGUCUCGCUCUCUGAGUCUCGCUCUCUGUGUCUCGCUCUCUGUGUCUCGCUCUCUGUGUUUCGCUCUCUGAGUCUCGCUCUCUGUGUCUCGCUCUCUGAGUCUCGCUCUCUGUGUCUCGCUCUCUGUGUCUCGCUCUCUGAGUCUCGCUCUUUGCGUCUCGCUCUUUGCGUCUCGCUCUCUGAGUCUCGCUCUCUGAGUCUCGCUCUCUGUGUCUCGCUCUCUGUGUCUCGCUCUCUGAGUCUCGCUCUCUGUGUCUCGCUCUCUGUGUCUCGCUCUCUGAGUCUCGCUCUCUGUGUCUCGCUCUCUGUGUCUCGCUCUC